UAGCUCGAUGCAGUUAGGUGUGGCCUUCCUCGGUGAUGGAUGGACAGGCGAGUGGAGCUCCUCCGUUGCGAGUUGGGCACGCGCUGUCCUCAGCGUCCUCUUAAUUUAACGAGCGCGUCUGAGUGCCGGCAGCAGUGAGGGGUUCUCGCUUUUGAGAUGUACGGGUAGGGCUGAGAAGGUUUUGUUCGCUGUAGGACUCAGAGUCGCUUGGAUCUAUCAAAGGGAAAUGCUGCAGCAUGGACCCACCGCCUAGAGGGAAAGGAUCGCACCUCCCCGGCCCCGCUCCCCGAGCCAGGCUCUAAGUCGCUGUCCGGCUCGGAGCGUGCACGAGGGACAGACGCCAGCAGCAGCCCUGCCUCUCCGCCGCACCGGCACCAGCGGGAUGCGCUCACCGCCGUCUUCAUGCCAGAAGGGGGAACUCUGAAUCGCCGUUCCGCGCCCUGCAAGCCCCUCGGGCGAGGCGAGGGGGCGGCUGUCCUCCCGCACCCCGGCCCGGCGGCCGCUGGCAGCCCCUGCCCACCCUCAGGACCCAGGUCUGCGGCGGGGUCCCGCGGCACAGCCGGAUCCGAAGCCGUUCGCGUGUAACCGGCCGGCGGUCCCCCGUGAAGGCGUCCGCCGCAGCCGGCGGUGCGGGGGGUGGAUCCCUGAGCCCUUCGCCGCAGCAGCCGGCGGCAACGCUCGCGGUGGCGGCGAUCCCGUGCCCCAUGGUGCUGUUGCGGAAGCUGCCAGGCAUGCCGGGCUGGCCGGCGGCGCUGGGGCUGCGGCUGCCGCAGAAGUUCCUGUUCCUGCUCUUCCUUUCGGGCCUGCUCACGCUGUGCUUCGGGGCCCUCUUCCUACUGCCCGAUUCCUCUCGCUUCAAGCGCCUUUUCCUGCCCCGCCGGGCGACCGCCUCCUCCUCUUCUUCUUCCUCCGCCUCCUCCUCCUCCACCCGCGACGCUGACCUGCCCCACAGUCCCCCCGCCGCCGCCGAGCCCCGCCACGCCAGCCCCGCCGCCCCUCGCCGCCUGAGGGAGAAGCUCCGCGCCGCCGCCCGCGCGGCCGGCCCGCCUGCCCACACCGCAGCGGCCUCCCGGCAGCAGGUGCAGGGCGACGAGCGGCGACGCGAGCUCGACACGGGGGCGCCCCCCGCCGCCCGGGAGACGCGAGCUCCGUUCCGCUUCGACUACGAGCGGUUUCGCCGAAGUCUUCACCACCCUGUGCGGGGCGGGUGGCCCGGCGAGGACCCUGACACUCGUGCCCGAAGGAUGAAGAUUAAAGAGAUGAUGAAAUUUGCUUGGAAUAACUACAAACAAUAUGCAUUUGGAAAAAAUGAACUGCGACCACUGACUAAGAAUGGCCACAUUGGUAACAUGUUUGGAGGUCUUCGAGGAGCUACAGUGGUAGAUGCCUUAGAUACUCUGUACAUCAUGGAACUCGAGGAUGAAUUCCAAGAAGCAAAAAAAUGGGUGGAGAAGAGCUUUGACUUGAAUGUGAAUGGAGAAGCAUCCUUGUUUGAGGUGAACAUCCGCUAUAUUGGAGGACUGUUGGCGGCGUACUACUUAACUGGAGAAGAGGUCUUCAAGAGUAAAGCUCUGGAACUUGGAGAGAAACUUUUGCCAGCUUUUAACACCCCCACUGGUAUCCCACGUGGUGUCAUAAAUCUGGGCAGUGGCAUGAGUUGGAGUUGGGGUUGGGCAUCUGCCGGAAGCAGCAUCUUAGCAGAAUUUGGUACCUUGCACUUAGAAUUCCUGCAUCUCACAGAGCUCUCUGGCAACCCGGUAUUUGCGGAAAAGGUGAUGAACAUCCGCAAAGUCCUGAACAGAGUUGAGAAGCCGCAGGGUCUUUAUCCCAACUUUCUCAGCCCGGUGACAGGGAACUGGGUGCAGCACCAUGUCUCUGUUGGAGGGCUCGGAGACAGCUUUUAUGAAUAUCUCAUCAAAUCUUGGCUGAUGUCAGACAAGAAAGAUUCUGAAGCUAAAAAGAUGUAUGAUGAUGCAUUAGAGGCAAUAGAAAAACAUUUGGUCAAAAGGUCUGCUGGAGGAUUGACUUACAUUGCUGAAUGGAGGGGAGGCAUCCUGGAUCACAAAAUGGGACACUUGGCUUGCUUCUCUGGGGGCAUGAUAGCACUUGGAGCUGAACACGCCAGUGAAGAGAGGAAGCAACAUUACAUGGAUCUUGCUGCAGAAAUAACAAACACCUGUCAUGAGUCUUAUGCACGUUCAGAUACCAAACUUGGCCCUGAAGCCUUUCGCUUUGACACUGGAACUGAAGCCAUGGCAACCAGACUCAGCGAGCGCUACUACAUUCUUCGCCCAGAAGUGGUAGAAAGCUACAUGUACAUGUGGCGACUGACACAUGAUCUCAAGUACAGGCAGUGGGGCUGGGAGGUUGUGAAGGCCCUGGAAAAACACUGUAGAGUAGAAGCUGGUUUUUCUGGCAUCCGAGAUGUUUAUACCACAGUCCCAACCCAUGACAACAUGCAACAGAGUUUUUUCCUUGCAGAGACUCUGAAGUACCUCUAUCUUCUGUUCUGUGAAGAUGAUGUGCUGUCCCUGGACGACUGGGUGUUCAACACAGAGGCUCACCCCCUGCCAGUCAACCACACAAACUUUAAAACUAAAGCAAGCGUGCAGUAGUGAGGCCAUUGCCAAGCACCCUGCUUCUACAGCAUCGGCAGGUUACUGCAUUUCCUUUCCAUUAAAGGAAUUCGUGUUGUUCCUAAAAUGUUAUUUUUGGGGCACUAGUCCAAUUCCGGACAGUAUUAUAUUGGGAAGUCGAAACCGUGACAUAAGCACCUUAUUUUCCUCUGUGAGGAGCUCUAUUAGCCUGAUAAUGAGAUGUUUAUUCUGGGCCAUACUGUACACAGUUCAUAGACAUUCCUUUAUACAGAGAAUUUAUAUGAAAUCCACAGAAUUUGCUUUAUAGUGGCCAAAGGACUGGAAUUUUGCCAUAAAAUAGACUUCCCCACAACACACAUACCCCUCCUUUCAUUUUUCUUUUUCAUUUUUUCCUUUUAUAUACUGUUGGAUUUAUCACCUUUCUAAUUAACAGUUUUCAAUAUACUGUGCUUUCUAGGUGGUGUCAAAAUUGUAACUAAAUCAAAACCUGCCAGUAAAUGUAUUGAUCCUAAUGUAUUUUUAUAUAUUUUUUCUGUGCCCUUAAAACACAUUUACCACACAUCGUAUCUCAUUUAACUUUCCCUUAGUGUUUUUGUGUUUUUCUACUUUUAUUUGGAACUAAAUGUUAUGAGUCACUUGUAAUACUUUCACUGCUGUAAUAGUCAAAUCUGUGAAAGAGAAUAAAAGUCUUGUAAAAUAAAAAGCA